GAGUCUCUGCGGACACCGGCCUCGUCUUGGCAGACAACCCCUGUCUAUAUAUACAAUGUUCCCUCCGCCUUCCGUCCCUUCUUUUCCCAUUGCUAUCCUAGACUCAACUCCCGUUGACCCGGGCCCAACUGAUUGUGCCUGCCACAGCUACGGCUACUUCACCCAUGAAACGGCGCCGUGCUCCCUCCGACUCUGUUCUGCAUUCCAACUGGCUUUCCCCACGGGAUCGUCCCAACCCGCUGAGCGGUGGACGUGCAAGACCCUCGCAAGCGAAGACCCUACCGGACACGAUGGCUUGGAAGCGCUUGUUCUCAUUCAGAACGACUGCAACUCCAGUCCAUACCCCUACUCCGUCACUCGAAUCAACAGGCAUUGCCCUGUCCGAGCUUUCUCCCCCAGCUCCCCCCUCGACCUCCGAUGCCACCUCAACCUCUGCGAGUACGACCAACACGUCCUUCAGCCUUGGUACAGAGGUGCAAAGCUUGAGCGACAGUAACACUUCAGGGCCCAGUGCACAGCCUGGAACUGGGUCCUCGAAGACGUCUGUGGAAAGUCCCAGGCCACGUUCGCUCGACCUCUCCCCCUACGGCUCUGAGAGGGCGCAGACCCGGUCGAGCUACAGCGCUGAGAGUCUUCUCCUCUUCAAAAAUCCAGAAGGCUCCCGAUCUACUCUCUCCCUCCCCUUCUCCUACCGUUCCAUGCACGAAGCAAGACUGCGGAGCCCGGUCGCAGUGGCAACGACGUCGAAGAGCGCGGACACACUGCCUCGUCCGCCGCACAAGGCGCGUCCCAAGCGACGGGAGUUUACCUCAUACCCUUACUUCGUGACGCCGCUCGCCUUCGCUUCCAUGAAUCCCUACAUCAUGCCGCCGACCCCGCCCUCGUCGCCGCAGAACACCAAACCCAAAAAGACGCUCCUGCUCCCAGCUCCCCCAGACCCAGUCCUGGCUGAGGGUAUCCCUCCGCGCGACACAGCUCUUCGCAGGGUCUCCAUCGAGGCCACAUCCAGCCCUGCCGAAGAUGAGGUCGAAGUACCAACAUCGCCGCCUACAUUGAUCUUCAAGAAGAUCACAGGCUCGCCCAGGCGGCUCUUCUCCCGACCAUCCAUCGACGAACUCACGGCAUCAUCCACACCAGCCGCACCUGUUCGCCGACACUCCGAGGAUCGCCCCAGUCCGACAGCUGCCCAUCAUCCUCGUAUCGACGCUGGUCACGGAACUCCAGCCGGCGAUGCCGUCCCACGCACCGUUACGACGCUCCCGUCGAGUGCAGCCACGGAGAGGGAGCGAAGGCUCCAUAUCGCCGUUACCAAGGUCAAAUUGGAUAAAGAGGUGCGCGAAGAGCGCGACGUGGGUGACGUCCUGCCCAAAUUGCGAAUGCUCCGGGCUCGGUGAUCCCACGACUGCGGAGGACGGUCCCCAAGCUUGGAUACAGAGCUCGUCCGCUCGUCCGUCCUGAUUGAUGGACUCCAUCGUGUCGUGAUAGAUGCCUCUGUUAACGGGAUCUGUGCUGCGUUCAGCUCUUCUACUGAUCACGAUGAACAUGUUCCCGGAGUAGGUGCAUUAGCUGAGCGGCUUGCCCUGCUUUGGUUGUCUCGGGCCUACUGCUACUAUGUACCA